AUGGAAUCUAUCUCGAGCCAGCUGUCCACGGGCACCGAUUCCUCCUGUUCUCCAACCUCAAAGCAAGAGCUGCAGCCGUGCACAUCUCUGAAGCCCAACCAGGUGAGCGAAACCUCCCUGUACGGGAUCCCCAUCGUCUCGCUGGUCAUCGACGGCCAGGAGCGCCUGUGCCUGGCGCAGAUCUCCAACACGCUGCUGAAGAGCUACAGCUACAACGAGAUCCACAACCGGCGCGUGGCGCUGGGCAUCACGUGCGUCCAGUGCACACCCGUCCAACUGGAGAUCCUGCGGCGCGCGGGCGCCAUGCCCAUCUCGUCGCGCCGCUGCGGCAUGAUCACGAAGCGCGAGGCCGAACGCCUGUGCAAGUCGUUCCUGGGCGAGCACCACCCGCCCAAGCUGCCCGAGAACUUCGCCUUCGACGUGUCGCACGAGUGCGCGUGGGGCAGCCGCGGUAGCUUUAUCCCUGCGCGCUACAACAGCUCGCGCGCCAAGUGCAUCAAGUGCUCCUUCUGCAGCAUGUACUUCUCGCCCAACAAGUUCAUCUUUCACUCGCACCGCACGCCCGACGCCAAGUACACGCAGCCCGACGCGGCCAACUUUAAUUCCUGGCGUCGCCACCUAAAGCUGACGGACAAAAACUCCCCGGACGACAUCAUGCACGCGUGGGAGGACGUCAAGGCCAUGUUUAACGGCGGCAGUCGCAAGAGGACGCUCCCAGUGGGCGCCUCCGAUUCCGCGCCCCCGCCCCUCAAAGCGCACGCGCCUGGUAGCCGGACGCACGCGGACCCGCCAGAGGCGCCCCACAAACCCCUGCGCUGCCCGGGCGAGGACGACAGAGUUGGGGUGACAGUGGCCGCCGGUGUCCGCAGUUACCCCGUCAUCCCUGUGCCCAGCAAGGGUUUUGGGAUGCUGCAGAAGAUCCCACCACCUCUCUUUCCGCACCCAUAUGGCUUCCCUGCCUUCGGCCUGUGCCAGAAGAAGGACAAUGGUGCUGUCCUGGCAGAGGAACAGGGCAAGGCCGGCCUGCCCACCACAGUCUUCUGGCCUGGCCCAAAGGACAGCACUUACCCUUCGUUUCCUGUGUUCUGGCCCACCGUGCCGCCUUACCACCACCCGCAGCCCAAGCCGCCUUCCGAACCCCUGUGUGUCCGGCAGAGCGAGCUGGACCCACCUGAGCCAAGUGAACGAAGGGCCAACACCCCAAAGGACGCCCUGCCAGACAGCGAGCGCUGCUCCAGCCGCAGUGAGGAGGACAAGUCCGGAGAUGACAGCAGGUCAGGGGAAGGGAUGGGAGCCGCCCAGAGGCGAAUGAGCUACGUAUCAGCAUUCCGGCCUGUGGUCAAGGAUGCGGAGACUAUAGCCAAGCUGUAUGGUAACCGUGGCCCAUAUCUGGGAGCCAGGGCCGGCUACCUGUCGCCUGAUUUCCUGAGCGAAAGCUCCAGCUACAGGUCUGUGUCUCCAGAUGUGGACAGUGUGGAUGACCCAGAUGUGGACGUGGAGUCAAACAAAGUUCAAGAAGAUGAGGAGUGCCUUCAGCUUUCUGUGGAUGACCAGCACAGCCCUCCAGGCCUGACAGCAGUACGCAGCGACGGGGCGAAGGGUCACGUAGAAGAAAAUGGCCACAUAUCCACUAUGAGUGACCCACAUACGACUGACUCAAGUGAGGCACACUCAUGUGAGGUGGAGAAGCAGAGCAAAGCACUGUUGGAGAGCAGUAAAGCCUCAGCACGAUUUCAGGUGUACGCGCACGACAGGGAUGAGCAGCAGCUGAGCGGCGCGUGCUUCGGGUCAGCGACCUCAUAUGAGCGCGAGCUACGGGAGGCCAAAGUGAAAGACGCGCAUGAGGAGGAGCCGUCAUCUACAGUAGAGGAGAUGGAGCCGAGGGCGCAGGGCAGUGUGGGUGAAACAGGCCUGAGGGACAGCAGCGACGAUAUGGAGGCAAUGCACAGGGAAUCAGGCCGAGCAGCGCUGAAGGAGAAAGACAUAGAGCACAUGGCGAAGGAAGAGCUGCAGAAGCAGUUAGUGGAGCAGAUGGAGCUCAGAAAGAAGCUGGAGAGAGAGUUUCAGAGUCUGAAAGAUAAUUUCCAAGACCAAAUGAAAAGAGAGCUGUCAUACCGAGAGGAGAUGGUCCAGCAGCUGCAGAUUGUUCGAGAAGCUCACGACGCACUCCACCAUUUCUCGUGCAAAAUGCUGACCCCUCGUCAUUGCUCCGGGACCUGCACCUUCAAGCCUCCUCUACUACCACCGUGAUGCCUUCAGGUCCUCAUUCAUAACAAGACUGCUCUGGACAGGGACAUUGCUACACCAAUAAAAAUGACGUCCAGCCCUUCAUGUAUAGACCUGGGAUAAGCAAGCGUGUAUGGUAGUAUGCUAGCUCUCCAACUGUAAUUAUUAUUAAAUAAAAAAGGCUUAUUGUAUGUACUGUAUAAUUUAUAUUUAAAAAUCACCAUUAAAGACAUUUGACAUGUUCCAUUGAAAAUAUGACCAUCUGUUUUAGAAAUGACCAAUAUGCUUGUAUUAGGUGGCUUUGUGCAAUGCAUAUAUUAUGUAUUAUAAUUCAUUUCCUGUGAUACCCUUUCUGUUGGUGAAAUGUUAGGGCACUUGGUUAAGUUAGAGGGUCCAAUAAUUUAUUACUGUAUUGUACAGUUUUAUUUAUUCCAUAUUGCUCAUGAAUGUUGUCCUCAUCUGUAAACUGUGUAAAUUAUUGAUGUAAAGCACUUUAAAUAGGCAUCCCGAAUGGCGGAAAUGUGUAUUAAAUGAACUCGUUUGAGAGGGCUA